AUGGCUCGUCGUUACCUUCAGACACUAUUACAUAGGUUGUCUCUUCGUCAAAAAAUAGGACUAAUACUACUUUUAAUUUUACUUUAUGAAGAAUACUACUACAGUAAGCUUUACUUGGAAUAUAGAAAGUUUUAUGUUGGAACAUAUCACAGGAACAUUGUUAUUGAUAGAGAGAGUUAUGGAAGUAGGUUUUUUAAAUCUUAUGUAAAUGUUAGAAGUUUAAAAAGUUUUGUCGCUCUUUAAUGUGCAAAACACUAUUAAAGAACGACAAGACUUUUUAUGCUUUUGAAAAGAAUUUCUUAGUGUCAUAAUGUACUUAAAACGUAUAAAUUAAUAACUUUUACAGAACAAGUAACGUAUAAAUUAAUAACUUUUACAGAACAAGACGUGCACCUAAUAGUGAUUGAAGCCAAUUAUGAAUAUACCUCAGAAUACGUAUUACCUCAAGCGACUUUGAAAUGUUACACUGCAUAUCAUAACUACACUUUGGUUAAUAUUAACUUGGUAAAAGAUGUACAAUAUGCUAAUAAAUGUCCUGGUAAUGAUGUAAGUUUGAAUAGAAGGAAGAAAAACCAUUAGGUUUUUCAAAUAAUCCUGUGCCCCUUUUAAAGAAAAUUUUUGGUUUAAGGGGCACAUAAUUAUUUAAACAAACUAUUACUUUUACAUUAGGGGGUGGACGGGGGGUACUCCCCCCCUCCCCCCCAGAAAAAAAUUUUCAAAAAAAGUUGAACGUGGUCCCCUCCAAGUUCAACUUUACGGAUUUUUCGAAAAAAUUUUUUCGCAAAAAAUCGGCACAGGUAGGACCCCCGCCCCCAGACCAAAAGUCCCCGCCCGGCACUGUACCAGCCUUUUUUGACAUUUUAAACUUACUUGUAGGUAUAGCAGUUCUUCUUUAAAAUAUAGCUUAGAAAUUUCUUGAAAUAAAAAAAUAUUCUAAUUUUAAAAAAUCGUUUUAAAAUUCGCCUUUACAGUUCAUGUUCCGACGUCAUUGUGUACUGGCCCAAUACAUGGCCGAACACCCAACUGUGCCUUGGAUAUUGGCACUGGAUGCCGAUAUGGGAGUAAUAAAUCCUAAUCGACUGGUCGAAGAAUACUUGAAAACAAAAAAUGACAUCGUAUUUUAUGAUCGCUUAUUCAACUACGAAAUCAUGGCUGGGUCUUUCAUUUUGAAAAAUAAUGCUUUUUCGAGGGGAUUUUUGAUGGAUUGGUACUCUUAUGACAAUAAGGUACCGAACAGCUAUCAUGGCACUGAUAAUGGGGCUAUCCAUGUGAGUUUUUUUUAUAAAAACAGAUUCUUUCUGCUGUUUUGUUACCUAAAAACCAAUUUUAGAAGGUCCUACUAGACAAGUUCGCUCCAGAAUCGCUAAAUAAUGAAGCCAAGUUGUGUAUGCAAAUUUGGAAUUCAUCAAAAGAUUAUGAAGACUUGUUUACUUUCGAAUCCUGUGUUAGGCAGAUACUUGGAAACCGAAAAGCUUUCAAAAAUAACGAGGGUUCAGUUGAAAUUAGAUCAAAUCUACGUGAAUAUUGGACUAGAGAUGGCUGGCAAACAGACAAUAUGUGGAGUGAUAACGACUUUUUGCUACAUGGAUGGCAGGAGAAGUAAGAAUGGGAUUAUUAUUAGGUUGUUCAAUUAAUUAUGUGCCCAUCUCAAAGCAAAUUUUCUGGGUUGGGAGCACAGAAUUAUGGGAACAAUCUAAUACCAAAAAAGUCUUGUAUUACUUAUUAAAAAGUCAGAAAAGUCCUGUCGUUAAUUUGUAUGUGUUUGUAAGUUGAGAAAAGACAAGACUUUUUAGUUGACCAAAAAUUGUUUCAAACUUUAAAACUAUUUAAAAUUUUUGGAAGUAAAAUUUUAUUGUAGCAAAGUAUCACGAUAGUAUGACGUUUGUGUACCAAUGUAAGCAUAUAAACAUAAUUUUUAAAUUUCAGACGCCGCUACCGCAUCCACUACUGGGCAUGGUGGGUAUCUCCUUUCGCCAGAGAAGAUGGUUUUCAAAACUGCGGUGACAAAUCCAAAAAUGCUGGACAAAAUUGGAUAUACAAAAAAUAUACUUAUCGACCGGUCGAGGAAAUUCAAGAAAGGUUGUUGAAUGUCGCGGAAGAAUCUUACUUAGGGUAUUUAAAACGUCUGGAGAAGAUAACUGAGCUCAGGAAGCAUUUGUCGUAA